GUCGCAGGUUCCGGAAGCUGAGAAAUCGAAAGUCUCGCUGAUGUGAGGCAGUGACACAGCCAGAAGUCGUUAUUGCACAUUUCCGUAAUUUGCGUUACAGUGAAGUUUAAUGAUGUUUAAUCUUCAGACGUCUUCUACCGCCAUGAAGCUUCUUCCUCUCGCGUGUCUUUGUCUCCUGACUCAGUCUGGAACAACUCUUGCUGAUGGACAGGUGAAGUUGGUGAAGUGAAGUUUGAUCUUUAGAUGACUUUAAAAAGCAUGAAACUUUUUCCUCUGCUGUGUCUCUGUCUCCUGACUCUGUCUGGAAAAACGUUUGCUGAUGAACACGGUCCAGCGAUCAUCAAAGUGAAACAAGGGAGUGAUGUUAUUUUACCCUGUUCCCUCAACACCAAGGACAUUGAGAGCGAACGCUUUGAGUGGAAGAAAGAUGGUCAGAAGGAUGUUUUCUUCUAUGAUGGAGGCACUGAAGAUCAGCAGUUAGAAGGUCGCGUCUCACAUUUUCCAGAUGAGCUGCAGUCCGGCAACGCCUCCAUCAUCAUCAGAAAUACGAAGGUGACUGACAGAGGAAACUACACCUGUGAAUUUCCACAUCUUCAGCCAAGACAGAUAUUCAACAUUGAGCUUGUUGUUGAGCCAGUGAUCGUCAAAGUGAAAGAAGGCAGUGAUGUUAUUUUACCCUGUUCCCUCAACAACAAGGAGAACAUUGCGUCAACAGUCUUUGACUGGAAGACAAAUGAUCAGAAGGAGGUUUUCAUUUAUCAUGCAGGCACGACUUACGGUCCAACCAAAACAGGUCAAGAUCAGCAGUUCAAAGGUCGCGUCUCACAUUUUCAAGAUGAGCUGCAGUACGGCAACGCCUCCAUCAUCAUCAGAAAUACGAAGGUGACCGACAGUGGAGACUACAGCUGUGAUUUUCCACGUCUUCAGCCAAGACAGAUAUUCCACAUUCAGCUUGUUGUAGGAGCAGCUGCAGAGCCGUCUGUCAAGAUACUUAAUCAAACACAGGACUGGUCGCUGCUGCUGUGUGAAGUUCUUGGUGCUUUUCCUAAACCUACAGUAGAGUGGCAGGACAGUGCUGGAAACAAACUUCCUGCUGAGGAGACACAUGUCUCAGAAAGAGGAGGCAGCUUCUACAUCACUGUCAACACUACUGUGAAGAAGACCGACCGCUAUCGCUGUGUAGCCACACAGGAGGAGAUCAAACAUCACAUUUAUACUGAGAUCCACGUGUUUAUCUGUGGGUCUCCCACUGGAUGGAUAGUUGCUGUUGUAGUUCUUUCUCUUGCUGUUGUUGUAGCUGUGCUUUAUGUGCGUCGCAUCAGACGAAAAUUACAGAGAGAAAGAACAAAGACAGAAAUAGCUCUUUUACAGAGCAAUGGGAUCAAAGACAAUGCAUCAGGUCAAGAAGAUCACGACUCACAUUUUCCAGAUAAAGUGUAGCACGGCCCCCAUCAUGAUCUGUAAUACUUAUAAUAUAUAUAAAUAUUUUACACUGCAGAUAUUAGACUAGCAGCUAGCGGACUUUUCCAUAUUAAAUAUUAAUCAUACUUGUGCUAAAACCAGGUGUGUUACCUGUUCCGUGUUUGUAAAAUAUCCACUGCUUCUUCUAACAUAACACUUGAUUUAUACUUUUCUUAUUUACUGGUCGUUUAAGUCGCUGCAUCUAUUGACAGAACAGAGUUAUGUAACGUAACAGGUUGGGCUGCAGCGAUCGAUUCACUUUAGUAAUCGAGUAUUUUACAGAUUAUUUCGCCGAUUAAUCGAGUAAUCAGCGCUGCCUUCAUGCUGUUGUGGUCGGCUGGUUCUGUUGUACAGAGCUGUUUUCUUUUAGCUUGAAAUCAUCCCAUUCUUCUCUGACUCUGUUUCUUCUUCCUUCUCUGUUUUCUCUCUCUUCCUUCAUGUUAUAAUCCUCACCAUCAAAUGGCAUCGUCUUCACUUGUCCGCAGCGUAAACAGGUUGUGCGACACUAAUAAUGGGCGGUGAUGGUACAGUGGAUAAGACACAUUCCUUUGGUCUGAGAGACCCGGGUUCGAAUCCCCUGUGAGACACCGCUGAGCAAGACGCUUAGUUGCUCCAGAGGCGUGCGACCUCUGACAUAUAUAGCAAUUGUAAGUCGCUUUGGAUAAACGCGUCAGCUAAAUGAAUAAAUGUUAAUGUAAUAAUCAUCCGUGUGAAACUGUACAUCAGUGCUUUUUAGUGAUCCAGUUAUCAAGUUUCUCGAUGAAUUGUUUCAGCCCUAGUAACGAGUAGUUCACCUGCUCUGCUCCUUGAAUACGCACAGAGCCCCCUCAGUGGCUCAUCUGCCCACCAAAGCAGUCCUACAGGGAAACACUGUGUUGCUGUCAUCUUCUUGCGCUGUAGAUGCUUUUGAAAGUUAAUAAUGUUGGAUUACUAUUAUUCUUGUUCUUGGGAGUUUGGGUUAAUGCCUGAUCAUUUAAAAAUAAUGAAGCCUUAAAUUUAAAAUGUUUUAUAAAUGCAUGAUUUUUCUAAUAGUCGUGUUAAAUAACCGUGACCUCAAUACUGACCAAAAUAACCAUGAUGAUGGUAAAUAGUCUGUAUUUUGUUUAGUACCUUUCUCGUCUUUCUGACUACUCAAAGCUCUUUAUGUCUCACGCUGACGAGCAGAGCCGCCAACUUUUGAGUUCAUCAGAAACAGAAAUUAUGUUACAAAACUCAUUAUAAUUAUGUUCAUUUCAUUUUCUUUAUACCUGCUCAUUUUAAUUCUACAACACCAAGACCACAAGGAACUGAUACCUGUCCGUAGCAUCACUCAAAAGUUUCAUUAGCUGUGUUAUUAAUAUACUAUAUAAGAUACAAAUAUAUUUAAUUUGAGUUAAUACCAGUCUGUAUGAUAGGAAGGACAUUUUGGCAGAUCCUCACUUACUUGUUUGAAGGCUAAGACCUGGUUUUAAGGUUAUAGUUAGAUUGGGUUUCAGGUUAAGGUUAGGAUCAGUGUUGUGGUUAGAGAGAUGUGAUGGUCGCAAGAUGAAAGUGAGGUUGUUGAGGUGGUGAAUGUGCAUGAAGCUCAUCCUGUUUUCAUAUGGAAGCAUUACCACGACCACAACCUUUCCCUUAACAAGUGUUUAUAAACUGUCCCUCAUGGACAGUAAGAUGACAGCAGGCCAAAAUAUAUAGUUGUUACCUUUAUCUCCCAGCACCCAAUAUCUGGUUAAACAAAAUACUUAGAAAUAAAGUCCAAGUCAAGUGUAGAACGCAAAAGUCCGUCAAAGAAAAGACGCAUCAGUACGCUCUAACAGACGGCUGAACAACAUCUGGAUUGAUUUAAUGGCACUGACUGUAGAAUUAGCACCGUGGAUGUAAACAUGAUGCUUCUUUAGCAGAUUUUUUAAGUAAUUCAGUUAAAAUUUGCGCCCCAUUUGGAUGGAAACUUGAUUUACAGACGACGUUUCAUUCCACCUGUGUGUGUGGCAGCUUUAGUUUUACUCUAACAUGAAUUGAUCUUUCCCUCACAGCUAACAUAUCUACACAUCGAUCAUGUAGUUUCCCUGGACAGAUGUUGAAAUCAUUCAGAAUAAAUGCAACAUUUUUAUUAUUUAUUCCAACACUAUUAUUUACUGUUUAAAACGUCAUCACUGAGUUUAAUCUGGGGUUCAACAGAAUCAUCUGUUUUACAGGUAAAUGUUCUGUCCGGUGUUGAGGCUGUUUGCGUCACAGGAGUAGUUUCUUUUUGUCACUAAUUUUAAAACCCCUGUUAGCUGGUCGUCAGUUAAUCUCAGGGUCGGUGGUUCGAUCGUCUUUCUUCAUGUCCACGUGUCCCAAGUGUUCUUGAGCAAUGAUGGUCAGACCAGCACCUUGCAUGGUAGCUCGCUGCCAUCGGUGAGUGUGUGUGAAUGAUAAAUGCUGUAUUUACCAAAUAUUAUCAGACUGCUUGUAGUUCUUAAAAUAAAGUGAAAAAUAUAUUGUGA